CGAGCCUAUUUCAAAUUCAAAAUCUCUCUCUCUCUCUCUCUCUCUCUCUCUCUCUCUCUCUCCAUUGCUCCAAUGGCUACCUUUGUCACCACUCCCACCAGGACCCCCUCGGACAAGUCCGCCUCUGCCAUGUCCCGCAAACACCCUCAUCCCAACACCAACUCCGCCGACUCAUCCGCUCGCUCCUCUCGCUUUGAGGCCUACAACCGUCUUCAGGCCGCGGCGGUGGCCUUCGGCGAGAAACUCCCGAUCCCAGAGAUCGUCGCCCUGGGCGGCCAAUCCGACGGAAAGAGCUCACUCCUCGAAGCCCUUCUAGGCUUCCGCUUCAACGUCCGCGAGGUCGAGAUGGGCACCCGCCGCCCCCUCAUUCUCCAGAUGGUCCACGAUCCCUCCGCCCUCGAACCCCGCUGCCGCUUCCAGGAAGAGGAUUCUGAAGAAUAUGGAAGUCCUGUUAUUUUGGCAUCUGCAAUUGCAGAUAUCAUAAAGUCCCGGACUGAGGCACUUUUGAAGAAGACUAAAGCUUCAGUUUCUUCUAAGGCAAUCGUGAUGAGAGCUGAAUAUGCACAUUGUCCUAAUCUCACCAUUAUAGAUACCCCGGGCUUCGUUCUUAAGGCAAAGAAGGGAGAACCAGAAAGCACCCCCGAGGAAAUUCUUACAAUGGUGAAGUCAUUGGCUAGUCCUCCCCAUCGCAUUCUGUUGUUCCUUCAACAGAGUAGUGUGGAGUGGUGUUCAUCUUUGUGGUUGGAUUCCAUUCGUGAAAUUGAUCCAACGUUCAGACGGACAGUAAUUGUCGUCUCCAAAUUUGAUAAUCGUCUCAAGGAGUUCAGUGACAGGUGGGAAGUGGACCGAUAUUUGAGUGCAAGCGGCUACCUAGGAGAUAACACACGUCCAUUUUUUGUGGCCCUUCCAAAGGACAGGGGCACCAUUUCAAAUGAUGAAUUCCGCAAGCAGAUAUCUCAGGUGGACUCGGAAGUCCUACGUCAUCUCAAUGAGGGAGUCAAGGGUGGAUUUGAUGAGGAGAAAUUCAGGCCUUACAUUGGUUUUGGCCAUCUGAGAGAUUAUUUGGAGUCCGAGCUUCAGAAGAGAUAUAAAGAAGCUGCUCCAGCAACUCUAGCUUUGCUUGAGCAGCGCUGCAGUGAAGUUACAGCUGAACUGGACAAAAUGGACUGUAAAAUUCAGGCCACUUCUGAUAUUUCUCAUCUUAGGAGAUCAGCUAUGUUGUAUGCGGCUUCUAUCAGCAAUCAUGUGGGAGCUUUGAUUGAUGGAGCAGCAGAUCCUGCCCCAGAGCAAUGGGGAAAAACAACAAUGGAGGAGCAGUCAGAAAGUGGGCUUGGCAGUUGGCCCAGUGUUACUGCAGAUAUAAAGCCUCCCAAUGCUACCCUUCGGCUCUAUGGAGGAGCUGCUUUUGAAAGGGUGAUGCAUGAAUUUCGCUGUGCUGUUUAUUCUAUUGAAUGCCCCCCAGUGUCGAGGGAGAAGGUGGCAAAUAUAUUACUUGCCCAUGCUGGCAGAGGUGGGGGCAGAGGAGUAACAGAAGCAGCUGCAGAAAUUGCCCGUACAGCUGCCAGAUCAUGGCUUGCUCCUCUUCUUGACACUGCUUGUGAUCGGCUUGCUUUUGUUUUGGGGAAUCUCUACGAUCUUGCUCUAGAACGAAAUCAGAGUGGGGACUCGGAAUAUGGGAUGAAAUCAGAAAAAAUGGAUGGCUACGUUGGUUUUCAUGCUGCUUUAAGGCAUGCUUACAACCGCUUUAUUAAGGACCUUGCCAAACAAUGCAAGCAACUGGCUCGGCAUCACCUCGAUUCAGUUACAAGCCCAUACUCGCAGGUGUGUUAUGAGAAUGGCUUUCGAGGAAGCUUUGGCUCGAGUGCAACCUCUUUUUACAAGUUCAACCAGGCUUCAGCUGGUUCAUUUUGUCUUGAGCUAACUGAUGGGGGCCCAGCAGCCCGUGACGAAAUAAUGAGAGAUCAAGAGAACAUAGCUCCGGAAAUGACUGGACAACAAACCACACCAGGGAAAGCAGCAGAAGCUCGAGGAGCCCUUCGAGAAAGCCAAAUGACUGUGCCUGAGACCCCAUCACCUGAUCAGCCAUGUGAAGCAGCAUAUGCUGGGGUCAAGAAAGAACUUGGAAAUGAUAUUGGAGCAAGAAAGUGGAUUUCAAGAUUGACAGGCAAUAACAGAAAUACUGAUCACGUAAGAGUUCAAAAUGGUGGUAGUCUCUUAUUUGGUGAUACCGGUUCAAAUUCAGGCUCAGCCUAUUCAGAAAUCUGUUCAUCAGCUGCACAUCAUUAUGCACGGAUUCGUGAAGUUCUUGUUGAGCGAAGCGUGGCCUCAACUUUGAAUUCUGGAUUCUUAACCCCUUGCCGUGAAAGGCUUGUGGUGGCACUUGGGUUGGAUUUAUUUGCCGUGAACGAUGAAAAAUUCAUGGACAUGUUUGUUGCUCCUGACGCCAUUGGUGUACUGCAGAACGAACGUCAGUCUCUUCAGAAGCGUCAAAAGGUACUCCGAUCUUGCUUGAAUGAGUUCAAAAGUGUUGCUCGUGCACUUUAAUUGGCAACUGCGUUGAAAACGGGAGCUCAUAGGUUUCACAUCUAGUGAACAUGCAAAAUUCUCAUUCUUAUAGGGCCCUGCAUGCUUUUGUUGCAUCUGUAUUCUGUAACAACGAUAUUACGUAAGAGUUUUGAAUAGAAGCCUGAUUCUUCUAAA